AUGACCUACAUCUGCGCCGAACCCGAGGGCGACGCUUUGCCAGCCAACUUGCAAAACAUCAUCGACCAGGGUCAGUAUUCAGAUCGACUGCACUUCCAAUGCGCUGUCCGCUGACUCGUUCUUCCUUGAACAGAAUCACUCAAGUCAGUGGGUGCGACCGAGCUGAGCAGCGCCACCGGCAGAGCCAACCGGAGCGGCUGGCGUGGCCUGUCGGGACUGCAUUGGCCGCACAGACCUUGACUGACCUCGAUCCAUCUGUUCUUUUACGUGGCCAGGUGGAUCUUUGUAGGGGGUAAAGGUGCGUGGAGAAAAGCGGAGCAGCUCGAGCGCACACGUCGCCGCUUGGACCACGACACACUGACCUGGAUCGGCUGCACCACUUGCACAGGUGGGGUCGGAAAGACGACAACCUCGUGUUCAUUGGCAAUACAACUCGCCCAGCACCGAGAAUCAGUGCUCCUCAUGUACGCUACACCGGCCCCCCUCGCUGCCCCUCAGCUCCCCUCUUCCUCACUGGCUCACCCUCGUGGAUGUCCCUUCUUCACAGCUCGACCGACCCCGCCCACAACUUGUCGGACGCCUUCUCGCAGAAGUUUGGCAAGGAGGCGACUCGCGUCAAUGGCUUCACCAACCUCAGCGCCAUGGAGAUCGACCCCUCCGCUUCGAUGCAGGACAUGGUCGAGGCAGGUCAGUACAUUAGGCUGGAUGUGGCAUCGGGGAGACGCUGAGCUGAAUAAUUGGAAUCGGUUGGGUCCACAGGCGAAACGGAUUCGAGCGGUAUGCAAGGCAUGAUGCAGGAUCUGGCGUUCGCGAUCCCCGGUAUCGACGAGGCCAUGGGUUUCGCCGAAGUGAUGAAGUAAGAGCUUGCUUCCCCCUGACACCGCGAACCUCGUUCUCCUCAGAUACUGAUCCCCAGUCUCACCACAGGCACGUUAAAUCGAUGGAGUUUUCCGUCAUCGUCUUCGACACGGCCCCGACCGGUCACACCUUGCGCUUCUUGUCGUUCCCUUCCGUCUUGGAGAAAGCCUUGGCCAAGCUGUCGACGCUUUCGGGUCGAUUCGGGCCCAUGCUCAACCAGGUUCGUUGAUCGUUUUGAGAUCGUAAAAGGAAGAGUGGAAGCCGAGGGGUGAGGAUGUAGGAUGUGGGGGCUGAGGUGGGGGAGGGUUUAGGGUAUAAGAAAACGAAAGAGCGUCCGGCUGACCAGACCCCGCAUCUCUUGUAGGUCUCGUCAAUGAUGGGUGCAGGUGUCAACACGGGCGAGAUGUUUGAGAAGCUCGAGUCGAUGCGCCUCGUCGUCACCGAGGUCAACCAGCAGUUCAAGAACCCCGAUCUGACAACCUUUGUCCCCGUCAUGAGUUGAGUUUGAGUGCGAGUGCCUUCGGGCAUAGAACAGGAUUGGUAUUGGACGCUGACCGGGUACUCUCUAUGAUUCACUGCUACAGUCUCCGAGUUCUUGUCGCUGUACGAGACUGAGCGAUUGAUCCAGGUAGGUCGUCGCAAAGUGGAAGCACCGGCAAAGAAAGUAACUGAUUUUGCAUCCUUUCCUCGUGACCUGUCCAGGAACUGACGACCUACCAAAUUGAUGUCCACGCCAUCGUUGUGAACCAACUGCUGUGGCCCGAUGCCGGUACGUUGCGCUGAUUGGUGUACAGAUUUCCCAGGCGAGUUGAUCACGAGUGAGUGCGUACAGGCUCGACGUGCAAGCACUGCAACAUCCGGUGGAAGCAGCAGCAGAAGUACCUCAAGGAAGCGUAUGAGCUUUAUGGCGAGGUACGUCGGGCUCUGAGAGAGACUUUAGAUUGCAGAACCCCACCGCUGACGAUGGGCUGUAUUGGUUCAAUCGCCCCUGCAGGACUUCCACAUCGUCAAGAUGCCUCUGUUGUCCGAGGAAGUGCGAGGGACGGACUCGCUCAAGCAGUACGUCUUGUAUAGAAAGGGCACCCUGCUCGCCGUUCAGGGAACUUAUCCUUGACUUUUUGUUCCUCCUCGUCUACCUUCAGAUUCAGCAACAUGCUCAUUACGCCUUAUGUACCGACCAACAACAAGUGA